UAAAGUGAGGGCGCCAGAAGUUAGGAAUCUAAGGGUGUGCAUGACAAAUUUUUUCGAGAGUCUCCUCUCAGUAGUUGAGACAAUUGAAGAGUUCGGGGAAGAAAACAGUUAACGACAUUAACAGUGAAGAGCGUGCAUCCGGCCGAGAGCCAUGCCCGAGCACACCCCGGCACCGACACCGGCGCGUGCCGUCUACGGGUUCGUCUUGUACCUGGCGUCCGUCACGUCGGCCGCACUCUUCCUGCUGUGGGCGUACGUGCCGCCGGAUGUGGCAUCUUCACUCGGUCUCAGCUACCUGCCCCAGCGCUACUGGGCCGUCGCCCUGCCGGUGCACCUGUGUGUCGGGCUGGCGCUGUUCGCAUUUUUCUUCUACCCCGGACUGGGUCUCGCGAUGACGCCCGCCCUCUCGGACCCGCAGACCGUCGGGGACGGGCGAGGCCGCGGGGCGCGGAACGCCGCGCCUGCGCCCGGUGCCGUACCCCCGGUGGGAGACCUACACGUCUCCGAGGUGUGCCGCCACCUGUACCUCGGGGGGCAGAGCGGCUGACAGCCGGGGCGUGGAGCUGGGCCGGAGGUGUCUCACCGAGUGGCGUCCCGCGUUCUGAAGUUUGCCAGACAAGAGGAGCUUCAACUGCUGGUGUUGUGUGGUGGACUCUUGUGGAGCACGUGUUUAUGUUGAGACAAAAGUGUAAAAUUGUUCUAAAGGCUAUUGAUAAAGGUUGUCUUGUGUGUUAAUGAAUAAACUAUCUUAAAUUUUUUCCUCAA